AUGAAUGGUGACAACGUCCACUUCUGCAGAGACCACCAGAGGGUCUCCCUGCAUCCCCAAGGGAUGGACUCUGAGGCUGUGGCUCCCUCAACCCCCAAGAUGCGAAGGAUUGUUCUGGCUGCCCUGGCAUUCAUUACUGUGAUCCUUGCCUUCUCUCUUGUGGUUCUCUUUGCUGUGGUUUUACAGAGCCCAAGGCCUGCAACAGAAGAUGCCUCCUUCCAAAAGUUUACAGGAGACAACACUACAGGGAAGUUACCUGUGGACCCCUGCAAAUUGCAGAUGUUUAAGUGCCAUGUGGAGAAUCCCAACACCUGGAGCAUGGAGAUCCAGAUGUUGAUGGGCAGAGUGGACAAUGUCAGUUCUCAGGUUCAGAUGCUCAGUGGUCAUCUGGAAGACACCAGUGCUGAUGUCCAGAUGGCAAAAAACCUUCUAAAGGAUGCCAAUACCUUGAGAAUCCAGACCCAGAUGCUAAGGAGUUCCCUGGAAGGGGCCAAUAUUGAGAUCCAGAAACUAAAGGGAGAUGUGGAAGAGGCAAAUGCUUUAAAUUUCCAAAUCCAGAGUUUCCUAAGAAGCAGUUCUGAAAACACUAGCACUGAGAUCCAAUUAUUAAGAGGUCAUUUGGAAAGGGCUUGUAAUAAGAGUCGCUUAUUACAGAGAGAUUUGGAAACAGUCACUACCCAGGCUGAAGUGGCAAAAAACCGUCUAGACCAGACAGAUGCUCAGAUCCAUGCACUGAAAACAGAGCUGAAAGACAUGAGUAGUUCAAAUUCCCAGAGCACUGAAACUCUAACAAGGAAAAUCCAGGAGACACAGGGUCACCUGGAGACUUUCCUUGCCUCCACUGCUUCCCAGGAGCAGCUACAGAAGACACAAAAUCAACUUCUUGAGCUGAUCCUGAAAGGCUGGAAUAUCUACGAGGGGAACCUGUAUUAUUUUUCUCAUAUCAAGAAGUCUUGGCAUGAGGCUGAACAGUUCUGUGUGUCCCAGGGAGCCCACUUGGCCUCGGUGACUUCUGUAGAGGAACAGGCAUUUCUGGUCAAGUUCACACAAACCUCUAACCACUGGAUUGGUCUCACCGACAGAGGCACAGAGGGCUUCUGGCGCUGGGUAGAUGGGACGCCAUUCAAUAAUGCCCAGAGCAGAGUUCCUUGUCCCAAGGGUUGCUGCCCUGUCAGGAGGCAUGUGAGUGUGGAUUCUGGGGUGGGAGCUUGUAGCUUCAGAUACCCUUCCCAUAGUAACUAA